UAAAUACAACCCUUCUUACUUAUCUCUUCCUCACUCAACUCUAAAUUUACUUACAAAGUAACUAGCUCAUCUUAAUUAUACAAAUUAUUUCUCUUAGCAAUGGCCUUUUCUAAGCUUAUUGUUGCUACUUUUGUCCUCUCUUUUCUUCUUCUUCAUGUAGCCGAAGCUCACGAAGUGACUGAGAGUUACGGUCCAAAGAGGUCUCUUCUUGGCAUAAAUUGUGGAGCAGCAUGUUUGGCUAGGUGCCAGUUAAGCCGAAGGCCAAACCUAUGCCACAGGGCUUGUGGAACUUGUUGUGCUCGUUGCGGGUGCGUGCCACCCGGUACUUCCGGUAACCAAGAGAUGUGUGCUUGCUACUACAACCAGACCACCCACGGUGGCAAACGCAAGUGCCCUUAAAAUUACCCUGAAAAAAUGAUUGCUCAACUCCGAACCCAUGUAACUUACUAGUGUUACUACGUACUUUUUCUAUGUUGAGCUCGAUCAAAUUAUUUGUUUCUCCUUUCACUUUCAUGUCCUAUUAUAUCUUAUUCUCUUUUGUAUUGUGUUUCUUUUCAUUUUGUUGGUUGAGUAUUAUAUCAUUGUAUGUAUGUAAUGCUAUUUAAUUAUUGUAUACGUUCACUAUUGUGAAUGAUCGAAUAUAAUAAAAUUAUUGGGUCUCUUGUCUUGA